CGUCUUCCACUUUCAUAUCCUACCUUCACCCUUCAAUCUCCAGUUUCUUAUUAUUUCUCUUCAUAUAUAUAUAUAUAGAUAGACAAAGAAAUCAGGCUUUAUAGAGUGCAAUCCAUGUGAAUUUAAUUAGAAUACACCUUUUUUACCUUCGUUUAAUCAUACAUUUUCAUUGUUAGGAACCAAAAUUAGAAGAAAAAAAAAUAGAAGAAAGAAAAGAAAGAUCGUAUUUCUUGAUUACAAAGAAUUCGAUAGUCCCUGACCCAAAUGGCAGAGAGAAGCAAAGAGCUUCUUCAGUUGGAGCACAAGGGCAGGUCCCUUUCAUCGUUAGAAUCCACUCUUCUUGUUUGUGAUGAUAAUAAGAGAGAAUCAAACACAGAAACUAAGAGACAACCCCCUGCUGGCAGGCCCCUCACUUCCUCAGUUCCCACAAGCCAACUUUUAGGAAAGGUUAAAGACUUCCUAGGAGUGAUGUCAGAAGCAAAUACACAACUGGAACUUGAUGCAAAGGAAAAUCCUGAGAAGUACGAUAUUGAAGAGCUAACUGGAAAUGAAUCCAAUGUUAUUGAAAUGAAUUUGAUGGUUGGUGUUGCUGAUCUUCAUACACCUGAUGCAGUGGCUGCUGCUGAAUCUGUUAUUUCCAGUUGUCAGCCUGUGAUUCCGUUGGCUGAUGAUGGGAGUGAAACAGAUUCAGGUGAAAGUAGUGCUGAUGAUGAAAUUGGUAGCACUGGCAAUGCUUGUGAAGAUGGAAAUGAUAGAAACUAGCCUGAGUCUCUUGAUAAAAAAUCUAUUUCUGGUAAAGAUAAUAUUCAUGAAAAGCCAAAGGGUUCUCGUUCCAAAAAAGGUCCAAGGAAUGUUGAGUUAUCAUGACCUAAUGGGGUUAUGAGAAUUAGAUGCUUCAGUUGCAUCAAAUUGGUAUGCUGAGUUUAUUGCAACCACUACCAGCACAAUGUAUUUGUGCAUCUGGGGUUGGAAUUUACCGUAUGACUAUUGCUGCUGCAUUGAGCAUACCACCUCAAUGAGAUAAUACAGUGAAAAUUUUUCACUAGGCCAAUGCGUGUACAACCUCUGUCAGAGGCAGGUGGUGAAGUAACAGGACUUGCUUCAU